UACAUGCCCUCAAACAUUGAGAAAAAUCAAUCAUUUUUUUGUGCCUUUACCUGAUAAUUCUCGUUCGAGUGUUUCAGCCUGAGAAUCCCAAGUGUUUACGUGUUUAUUUGUUGUGCUGGGGAUGACGUUUAUUUUUAAGGGACAGCAUCUGUUGUUUCAACCAGUUCUUUUGUGACAAUUUCCAGUGUCAAGGGUUCGCCGUGUUCACGGGGUCAAUGGAUCGAGGGACUAUUAUUUUGCGGGGACUUAUUUUCUUGAAGAAUUGGGAAAUCUGAGUCAAAAAAUUAUUUGGAAUGUUAUUGUCUAUUAAUAGUUCUUGAAAAAUCAAUACCAACAAUUCUGGAUUUUAUUCACACAUUUUGACACGAACUGUGGUGACUUUGUUGUUGCGACAUCAAGUGUUUUUACUGGAGCAUCGGGGCCUUUUAAUUGAUAAUGAUAAUUUAUUCUCAGGAAACUAAAAAUGUGCCUGGCACGUGAUGACAGGAUUGUCACACCCCUAGAAUAUCUGUGAAUGAGUUUUAUUUCAUUCGACUAAGUUCAUCCAGAACAUGUUUAUAAAUACUGCAUGAUGUCGAGCAGUGAUAAAGUCUCGAAUGAAACAAUGGAGCUCAGUGAUGCUGGCAAUGACAAGAGCUCUGUGCAUCUUGCUGUAUCGUUCAGAAAAUUGUGCAUUGCCACCGCCUGUUUACCACUCGUCACGUUGUUAAUCUGUUUCGUUACUGCAUACAUUUUUCAACAGGAUGAUAUACAUGAGACACAUUGUCGAGUUUACAACGUGCUUCCCUCAAUAUCAGCGAUAACUGGAGUCUCGCCCCAAAGAUACCUUUGGCGAGUGAGCAUAGCCCUCCACAUAGGACCCAGACUUGUUAUUGCAAUUGUCUAUCACUCAUUCUACCGUAAAAUCCUCACAGCACUGGAGCAUUUGCCAACGAAAGUGUUGGGCUGUAGACUCCUCAAUCUCUGUUUUUGGCUCAACAUCGCUGAGAUAGCGUCACUUUGCGGUGUGACAUAUAUCUCAAAUCGCGAGAAUUACUAUGCCCACGAAAAAAUCUUCAUCAUCUUCAUGGUCAGUUCACUGACAUACAUGUUGGCUGCUGUCAAGUUGGGACGCUUGAUCACACCAACUGCACAAAGUCUACAUUAUAAGGAGAAACUGUUUGUCACCAGUCUUGUCAGCACUGUUGGACUGAUUAUUUUCUUCCUUAAGCAUCGAUUACUGUGUCAUGAUUUGGCAUUCAGUUGGUUCUCAUUAUGCGAAUACAUAAUAGCAUCAGCAAACAUGGGAUUUCAUGCAACAGUAAUUCUCGAUUUUCCAAAGGAACGACUGGUCGUAGGUUGUGGAAUACCUGCGGUUAAAGUUGAUUAAACACUUUAUAAUACUUUGCGUUGUUUAUCAUCAUCUUCAAAGUGCCUAUUGCCAAUAAUUGCAACAGUCAAUCUACCGUGAAUGUAACAAAGAGAUUUAAACGAAUUUAAUUGAGAUUGAAUCAGUGGCACUGGGCACUUGUCGGAUGACACGUGAUAAGGCCUUGCGUUGUUGUAAUACUCUAGAUUAAUAGGUAUUCAACGGAGUGGUCGAGAUUCGAGAGUGGGUGACUACGUUGGAGUGCUUCAAUGUAGCUCAAUGAAUUUUGUAAAUUGUUGAUUUUUUGAGGGGCAGAGGACACUGAGAGGAAAAAUUCUCAAACAAGUCUUGUUUGCAUCUAUAAAAUUACAAUAUGUUUAUGACAACAUGGAUUGAGUAGUUUCAAAACGUUAUUUCAACUCAUUUUAUCUAAAUGAAUACAUCCGUAGUAAUCUAUCGAAAAUUCUAAAUUUUCUUUUUUUUUCUCCUUUCACUUUAAGAGGUCGAUUGAAUAAACACUCUUGAUGCGCCAAAAAGUUUACAUACAAUUUAAAUAAAUAGUAUGAUAUAGGAGACAAAAUUACUUUUUCUCUUAACAAUUUUGAAAGGAGUUAUUCCUCAUAAUUUAUAACCCCGUGCAGGUGUUUCGAUGUUUUGAAACAUUAUAUAAAUUUUUCGAAGAUAUUAUUUGCUCGUGAUGUGUCUUAUUAAAAAAUCUAAUAUCAACUGCUAACUAUUUUAUGCUACUACGAGAAGACAAAUUAAUUUGUAAAUAAAAUGAUAAUGAUAUGAUAAUAUUCUUAGAAGUGGGGAAUACGGUAUUUUUUCCUCAAAUUCAUGCGUCAAAUAUUCCAGUUUUGAAAGCAUAGCAAUGAUUAACGUUUAAAACUUCCGUAUGUUUAAAUUAGGCGAUUCCAAUCCAGGUGAUUUUCCACUUGUAUUUUAUUUUUUUGCUCAAACAAAACUCGUUCGAGAACACGUUCACCUUUCUCUCAGUGUGAGUAUGAGUUGAGAGAAUCUAGUCGAUUUACUUAUACAGUCUAGUCUAGUUUCUAUCCGCAGCUCCUGGAAGAGAAAAUUGUAAAUUUAUCAACUGUUAAUAUCCCUAGGAUAUCACGAAUGAUAAAUUAAUUUUAGAUAUUGGCAAUUAGAUGAUAAAAUUGUUCAAUGAAUUACGUAUUGCAUUUACUUUGAUGGACAAGCUUUUUUCCAUCUCAAGUUUGUGCUCAUGCAUUAAAACAACCUAUUGUAUUUUCUGUUUUUUGGGAAUUUAUUGAUAAGACACUCGAGGUGUACGAAUAUUCGAAUUAUCGAUGUAUGAUUUUUAAUAAUUAGUAUGUCUCUGGAAGAAUACUCCGUAACAAUCUUAGGAUUUUAACUGUCCUACCGUAGAGAGAUAUAUAAUAUAUUCAGAUUGAAAAAUUAGGGAUAAUUAAUUUUAAGUUGAUUGGGAUUUGCAUGAAGCAUGUGAGAGAGUUGUGGGCUACGAGUAGAAUUUCCUCUCAACUAUAAAUUUAAAAUGAAGAUGCAUUUUUAAAUCUGGGGUGAAUUCAUGGAAAAUCGCAAGAUAUAAAAUUAUUUUUUAUUUUAUUUCUCGUCGUUUGAGGAACAAAAAACAACAUUUUUCAUACCUCUUACGAUAAUACUGCGAAUUAUACUAAAAUGUCAGAGCUAUUUCAGAUGUUGAAAAAACAAAAAUCAUCAAACUACUGAUAACAGACGUGUUAUUACGUGCCAAGUUUUGAGUGUCACGCAUCUAGUCGUUAUCAAUUGGCUCAGUGUGGCAUUAAAUCUCAAGGAUGUAUAUCACAAUGUAAAAAAGGCAAAGUACUGUCAAUAAUUGUCACGUCAAAGUGCCAUUCUAUGUGUUCCCCAUCUUGUUUUAUUGAGAUCUUCCUUCAAACGCUCAAAUUAUUUUCGAUUUUCAUUUAAAUGACUUCGGUAAAUAUUACGCUGUCAUCGAUGAUUGAAUUUUCGUCGAUGAGAAUUUAUUGAUAGAAGUGUACGGUCGGCAAAGUGAUAAACAUAUCUGUUUACAAUGAAUCGAAAAUUACGGAAAUUGUCCAAUUGUACUGGACCCUUAAUAAUGAACAAUUCAAAGUCUUCGAUAAUCAAUUGUGUGGUGAAUAGUGGUCUUAAACAGGAAUGGGCGCUAUUUAAACAUUAAUUAAAACAUCAAUUUGUCGUCGACAAAUUAUUACCCUCGACGUUGAAAUUUCCAAUUAUUUUUGUCUAAUAAUUUCGAUUGAUUGAAAAUUUAAAAGCAUAAAAAUUUAUUUGCCAUUAGAUUUCCUUGAUUACUACACUAUGGCCAUGAGUAAUGGUAAUUAGACAAGACGGGAAAUUAACGAGAAAACGUAAACUGAUGAUUUUUUAAAUAUCGCCCAUCUCUAAUGUUCAAAAAUGAAACGUUAGUAAACGUAUAAUCCAAUGAGCUUGGCUUCCAAGGAAAGACAAUGAUUAGUUCAAUAAGGACAUAGUAAAUUUCAUAUUUUAUCGCCGAUUUAUUGUUAUGUCACAAUUUUUUUCCCUGUGCAAAAUGUCUCGACUUGUUUAUUAGUUUUUAUUUUUACUGAUGUCGGCACUUUUUCAUGUGCUUGGGUGCAAUUACCCUCGGUUGACCUUAAUGAAGGCUGCGAUAACGGGGAGAGCUGGGAGAGAAUGAGGGGCUCAUGGGUAAACCAUAUUAUGGUGAUUGAGAGAUGAAUGAUCGUGUCAGAGAAGUGGGUGGAUUUCAGUGAGGAGAUUCAUUGAUAUUGAUAAGACCAAUUAAUUUUUAGUUAACAAGAUAUCUCGAUUAGUUCUGAAUUCUUCACCGCCAAUUUAUAUGCACAUAAAUAUUACUCUAAUUGACUGGAGUAAUUUUGAGAUUAUUGAAGAAUUUUAAACACACACACACAUACACAUUACUUUUAAAAGACUUUCGGUAUGUUUGAUUACGCUUGUACAAUUCUACCGUUGUAUAAUAAAGUGUAAAUCAAGAGUAA